UUUUCUAAUUUCAAUUAUAAUUUCAGAAAUGGCCGCAGAGACACACUCAUGGCUGAAUCAAUGCUUCGUGGAGAACAUGUUGCGAAAGUCGGAAGACGACAAUUCGAUUCAGGUGAUCGAUAUGUUCUCAAACCCGGUCGUGAGUAAGGGUGAAAACUACACCAGCGACUUAAUGAGGACUACUGUCGAAUUUUCUCGUGAUCAAGGCGACCGUAAGAUUAUAGAAAAGAAAUCAAUCAUCAUCAAACCCUUGCCGUUCGAAGGUAUUCGACGGCAGCUUACUACAGUUACCUUUUUUAGAGAGAUAUCGAUGAUGUCAGAUACCUUGGUUAAAAUGAAUAAGUUAUUAGGGCCAAAGCAUCGCAUAAGCGGAAAGUGUCUGUACGUGCAAAAUGAACAUCCAGUGCUUCUGGCGAUGGAGGAUCUCACGCCCCUCGGCUAUCGCUUAGCCGAUCGUAUGACUGGACUUGACCUAGCUCAUUCCAUAUUGACACUUCGCACAUUAGCCAGGUUUCAUGCAACUACUGUAGCCGUAUGCGAAAAGGUAAUUCACCACGUGUGACUUAAUCGCUCUAUCUCAUUUCAAUUAUUAAAAAUUCAGGUUAAUGACACUAAUCCAAUUAUCAUGCAAGUUUAAAAUUUUUGCGUUAAUAAGCUCUUAAUGUAUUAAUAUAUAGUGAAAAAAUAUAUAAUUAUAUUUCCAUAAUUUCCGAAAUAUGUCCAUAUGUCAAAAAUAUCCCUUUUAUCCUCGGUUUUAUCUUUUACAAGCACUACAGACGCGCG